AUGCGUAUUUUCUCCCUCGCGAUUUUCGCCACUGCUGUGGCGGUGGCCGCCGCCGCCGGUCCUGUUCAGCUUGAGAAACGCCAGCUCUCUGAAUGUGUACUCAAAUGCAUGGAUGACCUUGGCAUCUAUGAUGGCCAUGCCAUCUCUCUAUGCCGACAGACGUGUGGCGAGCGUCCAUAG